AUGCCAACGAAAUUUGUAUGGAAGAAAGAUAUUAGAAAAUGGCAGCCAAAGAAAAGAGGAUUUUCAAUCGGUAGAGUAUUCUAUGUACCUCCGGGGUCAGGGGAGAUCUUUUAUUUGAGGUGUCUUUUGAAUAAAGUGAAAGGUCCAACAAGUUAUUUAGAUAUAAAAACAGUGGAUGGCGUCCAAUAUGAAUCUUUUAGGGAUGCAUGUUGUGCAAGAGGAUUAGUUGAUGAUGACAGGGAAUAUGUUCAUGCUAUAGAAGAAGCAAGUCAUUGGGCCACAGCGGUGCAUUUGAGAAGAUUGUUUGUAACUCUAUUGAUUUCAAACUCAAUAGCCAAACCAGAGGUUGUGUGGGAAGCUGCUUGGAUUCAUUUGUCCGACGAUGCACAAUUCAAGAUUAGAGAACAAUUGGAAAUUACAUAUUUGAUUAUAUCUGAAGAUGAGAAGAAGAAUUUUGCACUUAUCGAGAUAGAAAUAAUGCUUUCAGCUAUGGGAAAGAGUUUGAAAGACUUUCAGUCCAUGCCGAUACCAGAUUUAGUUAAUCAUUCUAGAACAACCAAUCGGUUGAUCAUGGAGGAAUUAGCAUAUGAGAUUAAUGUCAUGAAGGAAGAGAAUGAUACUUUGGUGGAGAAACUAACUGAAGAGCAAAGAACAAUAUAUGACAACGUAUUACAAGAUGCUGAGAAUAAUCUUGGAGGACUUUUUUUUUUUGUUUAUGGAUACGGUGGAACGGGAAAAACUUUCUUGUGGAGAGCGUUGUCUUCUGCUAUAAGGUCAAAAGGCGAGAUAGUUUUAAACGUUGCAUCAAGUGGUAUAGCUUCUCUUCUAUUACCUGGCGGAAGAACUGCACAUUCAAGGUUUGCAAUACCAAUCGCUGUUAAUGAAGAUUCAACUUGCAAUAUAAGCCAAAACAGUCCUUUGGCACAGUUGAUCAUGCAAAGUAGGUUGAUCAUUUGGGACGAGGCACCAAUGAUGCAUAAACUUUGCUUUGAAGCUUUGGACCGAUCUAUGAGAGAUAUAAUGCGUGCCAAAAAUCCAAACAGCUUUGAUAUGACUUUUGGUGGAAAAACCGUCGUGUUAGGUGGAGAUUUCCGACAGAUUCUACCAGUAGUUCCAAAGGGCACGGGCAAGAUAUCAUCCUAUCUUUGGAGAAGCUGUAAGGUUUUUAGGUUAACAAAGAAUCUAUGGCUUAGGGCUUUGAAAUCAGAUAGUGAAGUUCAAGAGAUUGAGGAUUUUGCAAAUUGGAUUGCUAAGAUAGGUGAUGGAACAAUUGGUGAUUCAAUGGAUGGAGAAUCUGAGAUAAAUAUUCCUGAACAAUUUUAG